AUGUCCUCGUCCAGGGCGAUCAAGAUGGAAACCUCACUCCCAUCCAGCUCCAAGGUGUCAAAGAAGGGUGGAAGCCAGCCAGCCGAUCCACCCCCCAACGACGCUGGGUAUGAGCCUGACGCAGACGAUUCGGCCAAUGAAGAUACCGAGGUGGAGGUAAUCGUUAAUGACUCCGAUCUGAACAUGCCUUCCAACCGUCAGCGCCCGCCGCCCAGGCGAGAGGCCGACAUGAGCUCCAUCAUCACCGCCGCCCAGAGGGCCGAGCUCAGCACCCUAGUCGAGGCCAUCAUGGAGAAGAUCAGCGUCCAGGUCCAGAAGCCUUUCUCAUUCCUCAACCACCCCCUCGCCCAAAAGAACCGAGUUCAGAUCUGGAAUUAUGGUCCCUGCAUGGAGGCCGCCCUGGCUUCUGUCGAUCCUAAUGCUGAGUCUCCAGCCGACGGCGUUGUGGUUUAUGGGUAUUGCAAGCCUGGCAUGUCAAGCCAGGAACAACCCGACGCCGGAGUCACCUCAGAUCCAGGUGAGACCGAAGCCACUCCAGACCCUGACCAAGCCCAGGGCCAAGACGCAGGCAAUACCGAUGGUGGUGCUGAUGAUGAUGGCCAAGUCCCUUCCAUCGUCAUCCCCGAAAUCGGUGCCAGUACCGUCGAGGGCGCGGUGCCGUCCAUGUCUGAGCUGCAGAAGGAUGUCAGCUCCUAUUUCGGAAAGUGGAAGGCCGCAUUUCAGAAGCGAUUCAAUGACUUCGUCGUGCCCAAGUUUCCCGUUUCCAAUACCGGACCGCCCGGGCAGGGCCAGGGCACUCCCCGUGGAGGCGCAGCUGGAGCUGGUCCUUUGGCAAUCAAAGGCAUUGCCUAUCAGGCCGACCUAAAUCUGUUACGACGUUUCCAGCCAGCCCAGACGUCCCUGAGCACUCUUCCAGUUGACAAGAGGCGCCUGCUACUCCACUCCAUCAUGCUCAUGCUGUUGUCCACAGAGCAUUACAUCGCAUACGCCCGCAUAUUCAUGAUGUAUCUCGCGUCCUCGCUGCAUAUUCCCAUGUAUGCCUUGGUUGAGGACGAGAAUCGUGUCGCCCGAUGUCUUGGCAACAUAUACAAGGCCCUGUGCGACGAGUCUGAGAAGUGCGAGGCCGAGGAACAGAAGAGAAUCGAGGAGCUCAAGACGGUGAAUGAGUGCAAGAAGCCGGAGCCUGUCGAGAACAACGACACCACGGAUGCCGAGGACACCAAGGCGGUCCAGGAGGCCAAGCAGGUGCAAGGAACCAAGCCGGUCAAGGAGAGUAAGCCUUCCAAGAAGUAUCGCCCCGUCACGAAUCCAGCCCAGGCGGGUACCGCCCUUCUGGCUGCUGGACUCGGCAUGAUACCCGCUGGACAGGGCCUCCCAGCAGUCAGCCUCCCGCCUGUCACGGUGGCUAAUCUGCUCGGUUCUUUGAGUGACAAUGAGAGCGCGCUUGCCACGUUUUUCGGAGUUAACCCCAGCCGACCGUCCGCCAAGUCCAUAGACAGCUUCGCACUCAUACUCCAAGACAUUGGUUUCAUCCCGCUACAGGGCCCCAAGGAGCCUGGCUUUCAAUGCCAGAAGGACCUUGCGCCCGAGGACAGGCGAAUGCGCCUUGUCCUGUGCGUCAACGGCCUGCUCACAACCCAAGACGACGUUUGCAGUCCUUGGAAGUGCCUUGGAUCUCAGAACGAGGUUUAUGCUGUUCGCUGGGAAACCGAAACUCUCGAGAAGAUUGGCAGCGCUUUUGAAACUUUGCUCAAGAGUAAGGCAUGGGCUGAGUGUCGAAAGGAGCUCAGUCGUACACCCAUCCUGACCAAAAUGCUCCUUUACGACUGGCCGAGUUCCCUCCUGAGAUCGAGCAAAGUCGUUGAUAAUGCCUGGAUCAUGGGCAUGACACGCAGCACCAAGCUCUCCUCUUGUUUGUCCGACUUGAUUACAGGGCAUCUCCAUGGUGAGCGAGGGCUCAGCCUCAUCGGAUAUGGUGUUGGUGCUCGCGCGAUAUACCUGACUCUUACAUACUUGGCCGAGAGAAAGCUGUACGGCCUGGUUGACUCGGUUGUCCUGAUGGGUGCCCCGGUUCCCGGCGAUACUGGCACCUGGACCGCCCUGAAGAGCGUCGUGACGGGCCGUUUUGUCAAUGUCUUCGCCAAGAAUGAUUACAUGCUUGCAUUCGCCUCGAGGAGUGGACCCAGUUACUUUGGCGUGGCCGGCCUGGCGUGCAUCGAGGGCGUGGGAGGCGUUGAGAAUCACGAUGUGUCCGAUAUCCUGGAUGCCCAUGUGCAGUACCCAUCCCUCGUCGGCGGGAUACUCCAGCGAAUAGGCUGGGAUGAGCUCGAAAUCACAGCUCCUCCUCCCCAAAAGCCGGUCGCACAGUCCCCGUCCCCCGCGCCGAAAGUCCCUGUUCCUCCGGGUAACCGGUCCGGCCAGGCCCAGCACACUCCGGGUCAGGGACGUGGACGCGGGCGUGGACACACACCCGGAUUUCCCGAGAACAAGGAGAACGCCCAACCACAGGGACGUGGUGGAAAGAAUGGUCGCAGCAACAGCGAUAGACGCUUCGCUGGUCAGCCAGGAAAGACGAGCCUUAAGUAG